AUACAGCAGCAUUAUUCUAUUUAGGUAAAUGGACAUUAAGAAUAGCAUCAUUAAUUAGAGGACUCUGCCUCGGUACCUAGGUAGUAUCGGGAUAUGGUAAAGAUGCGCACGGUGGGUUUCAAUUGGGUAAAACCCGCAAUCCCGACCGUGCCGGACCGCUGAAUAAGUAGGUGAGUGUUAUCUAAUUCAUAACAAUAUCUCCAUCAUCAUACUCUUUCCUAUCCUUCGCUUCUGGUGUAAAAUGAGAUGGCUAGUCGCCGGGAAACGCCCGAAUCGCUCGUCAAAAAGAGGGCAAGAGACCGCCGGGCCCAGCAGAAUCUUCGCGACAAGCGCGUUGCCCAGGUCGAAGCCCUGAAACAGCGUAAUAGCGCUCUCAAUAGCGAACUACAAAGCCUACAAAAGACAUGCUACGACUUACGACAAGAGAACGGGGUCCUACGAGGCCGCCAAGAGCAAAUCCAACACCUAGUAAAUUUAUGGACGCGUGGACCCUCUCAACUCGAUCCGAGUAGCAUCGCGAGUCUAACAUUAGAGGGAACCCAAUCUUGUUCUCCCCCGCUUAGUAUAAUCCAGCCUCGAUCAUAUACCGAUGAUGCUCAAUCGGAUGCUCAUCAAACGCCACCGGAAACUGGUUCUUCGCCAACAGUUCAAAUCCCCCAAAUGAGCCCUACGCCUUUAGAAGAUCUCACUUUACCACGUUGGAAUAUGACACCAGUACAUUCUAAAGACGAGGGAGCUCUAUCAGAUUGGAUUUCGGUAUACCUCAGCAGGGCGGACCUCGUGCGUUCAUCACCAGAGGACCCCAAGCCUGUGGAGCUCCUAUACGGUUCAAAGACCAACUUUCUUGCCAACGCCAUCCACGACGUUACAAGACGACGGCCGUGUCGUGAUCCGGAGCGCCUCGCUGGCGGGUGGUUAACUUACCGUUUAGUCAAGUGGAUGUUCGAGCCAAGCGAAACCCGCUUCGCCCGUCUGCAAGACUUCCAAAAACCAGUAGCCGAACAGCUUUGCCAUCCGCAUGCGAGUUUUAUCGACUUCAUGGUAUGGCCAGCGCUUCGAACUAAUUUCAUCAAGAAUCAAAGCGCUUAUGAUCGGGAGGAGUUCAUCGGGCUGUGGACCUGCUGUCUUAAAGUCCGGUGGGCCUGGAACAAACGCUUUCUCGAGCCGGAUGACAACGGCGAACUUGUGUUCAGUACCGAUUUUUAUAACACUUUUACUAAACCUGAAGGCUGGGGCCUCACGAGAGAUUUCUUAACACGAUACCCAAGUCUGUUUAUUGGUUUGGAUAUUCAAUCAAUACAUUAUGAAUUCGCUGAUUUAUAAAAUUCGUUUUCGAAUUUUGUCUAACUUCGUAGCAAUCAUUACCCUGUGUCUUAUAAUACUUCGAAGCAAAGCGCGGUUAGCGAUAUCUUCCCGCAACGCAGCCCCUAAUUCGUCCCCUCGGCAGGGCGGCCUUAGGCCUAGCAGUGCCUCCAUCGCAGGCCCAUAACACCUAUAGCCAACAUUGAGUAGGCACCUAAUAGCUAUAGCUGAUUUCUAAUAGAGAACGA